AUUUUAAGGCGCGUGCGCACGAGCAAGUUACACAGCGCAUUGCGUGCAGCCUAGCAGCUGUGUCAGUUGCGUCUAAAAAUCAUAAAUUUAGCUUUAAAAUUGACAAGGACGCAAGUCUUUGUUCCUGAAACGAAAAUGUCUACGGGCUUGUCGUCCCGCCUGAAACACUCCAAAAAGCACGAGUUGGUCAAGUCGCAAAGCCAAGCGCAAAUUUUAGCGCAAAAAUUGCGCCAGGAUGGGGUUCUCACCACAGUUGAAAGUGUUCUACAAGCUGUCGACCAAGUUGCAGCAUUAUUGGCAUCAAAUGUGGUUGAUAGUAACAUAUCGUACAAAGACAGUGUUAUCAACUUGUGCCAGCAUUUGAAGGUUUAUGGCGCCUAUUUAGAAAUAUUGUACAAAGAACAAUUGGACCAUGCUUUUAAAAUAUUCAGGGACAAAGCCCAAGAUGACAUACGAGUCGAUAUGCUUUCUCGAUUACAUUUACUCGAAUUAAUUGAACUACGAGCCAAAGGUUGGAAAGGAACUGAUGGUAUGAAUAUGUACUACAGGAAAAAAAUUAACCAAUGCUCUCAGAUUGAAAUGUCUGAUUCUGCAACAAGUCUUUGUGAAUCAAUGAGUUCGAUGAUUAUGUCGGCCUCGCCGCCUCUUUUGGCGCCCGGAGAAAUUAUAAAACCAUCAGGAAAGUUUACAAAACCAACCAGGAUUCCAGGAAAAAAGUACUGCAAAGAUGAGGUAGUCAUUCGUAACGCUGAUUCAGGAAAAGUGAUGGGUAUCAAAGGAAGAAGAGUACAUAUGAUUGAGGAGUUGAGUGAGACUAUAAUCUCAUUCCAGAGAGUGAAUCCCGGCGCUAAGGAACGAUUGGUACAAAUUACAGGAGCCAACGAAGAAAGCAUUAACCACGCCAAGCAGCUGAUCGAGGACACGAUACGAAGAAACGCGUCGCCGGUGCGCGAGCUGGGAGGCGGCGUGGGCGGCGGCGGUCCGCUGACCGGCUCCAGCUCGUCGAUCAACUCGUCGGCGUCGGACGACAGCGCGCUGCCGCCGUCGGCGCGGGCCUCGCGCGCCGCCCUCCUGAUGCACUCGCUGAGCACCCCGGACGCGCACAUCGGCGAGUACAAGUACACGGUGGUGGCCAACGGGUGCACCAUCAAGAUCACCGGAGACAAUCUCGACCUGGUCAGGACGAGUAAGCUAGUGUUGGACGAGUACUUUUCCGGCGAGCCGAUCCACGACGUGGCGCAGUUCUACUCGUUCGACAGCCUGCCGCAGCCCAUUCUGGCCGGCAACGAUUUGUUGGAUCAGGAGGUGGGCACAGGGGGGCCCCUCUCGCCCCCGGAAUCGCUUCCCUCGCCGGUGGGAGGCGGCCCGUUGCCCAACGGUAACGACGAAUCAGGGAGGAAAAUGCGAUUACCGCGCAUGUCGCUCGAGGAGAUAAUCAAGGGGAAAACGGGGGGAAGCCAGGACGAGCACGAGCACCAGGAUCCCAUAAAAACGGUAACGUUCGCCUACUCAAUCGAAUUCAUGGCGCAGCUGGCCAUGUCGCCUUACUGCUUGGCGCAUCCCAUCGAGUGGGAGAGGAUCUCCACCGAGUAUCCCACUCUGGUGCGCAAGGUCGUGGAAUGUUUCGAUGCUAAACAUUACCUAUCGACUCGCACAGUGGAGCCGACUUGCGUUUUGAGCGCCGACGAUUUAGUCGACAACGAAGUUUGACACUCCAGGUAGGGUCGGCACAAAAAGUAUUAGUUCUCCUCUACCUAGGCAUUUUUUUAAUAAUUACAAAACAAAAAAAAUUGCUCAAUACCUACCUACCUACUGUUCUGGUAGGUAGAUAUUAACUUGUAGACUGCUCUAUCGCCCCAAGUACUAAACACCAACGUUCAGGUAUUUAAUUACUUACUUACAAAUGACGAUUUGUAUCUACUGUUUUAUUUUAAUUUUGUUUGACUUUGUAUUUAUCGUUAAGGUUUCAAAUUGAAAGGUUUGAUGAGCCGUGGAAACGUUAGGAACGAAAUCUAAAAAAUAUAGUUAAUGUGACUGACUUUACUAAUCUAUUUUUAAAAUAAAUUAUUAUUUAUUUGUUAUUUAAACAUGUAUCUUUUCUAAAUAUUUAAUAUACAAACUCUGGAAGGCCAAUCUAGACAACAAACAAAGUAAUAUUUUUGUAUAGUCCAGUUUAUUAAAAUAUAAAAGGUACAAACCUAAAAAAACAUUGAAUGACAACAAUGUUGGCAAGGAUGAGAUUUAGCUUUAAAAUGAAAUGAAUAGCUUUAUUUGGAUAGGUAGGCCUUUCCACAAUAUUUGUGAUAAAAUCAAUCUCUCUUGAAGCUGUCAUAUUUUUUCAAUAAAAAAAUAUGUCCAGUUUUUGUAUUAUCAUAUGCAAUAAUCUACCACUUGAAUAUUAUAGUAGUAAA